ACUAUUUUCAUAUUUGACAUUUGAAAUUAACGUUUUUACAAUAACAUUUUGGUUUUUGGAUUUAAUAAAAAAGCAUUAUAAAAUGAAAAACAGUUAAUAUAUAUAUAUAAUACUCCAAACGCAUAUAAACAAUUUUUACUUCAAGUAGUGAUUUAUAUAUAACUAAUUUUAGCAUUCGUCGUGUUCACAGGUGAAGGGUCAAAGCCUUUGUUUCAAAGAGAUGAUAUCGUGGUGAAUCCAAAAAUGGAGAUUCAAUGAAUAAACAACGUUCACAAACACGCAGAACUUAUUUUCGUCGGUCAAUUUCAAGGGAUCGUUAUAUGGGUGACAAUAGUAAACGGGAACUAGAAAAAUUACUAUCAGAUAAAGAUUUGGGUAGCACACCGAGGCAAUAUCGACAUAGAUCAGAAGAUCGUGCUAAAAAUUUGCAUAGACACCGAAGAUCUCGUACACAUUCAAGAUCACACACUCGUUCACGUGAACGUUCGUCGCGUAUAGGGACACAAAGUAGCGAACAACAUAAAUAUCGUCAUGAAAUUGAGGAAAAUAAUAGAAACGACGAAAAAAAUCUGACACAACCGCAAAUCAUAGCCAUACCCGUGCCAGUUCCAGCGGAUUUUAUGAAUUAUGGUUAUCCAACCUGGCCGACUCCAUCGCAGUGGGCACCUCAAUCAUCACGGUAUGGAACUCCCCCUUAUCCUAUGCCUACAUUUUUGCCUGCUGUUUUACCACCAAUGCGGCACCCAAUGCCACCAUAUGGAUUACCUCCACAACCCAUACGUUACGGUGCACCUAGUUAUAGAUUACCUUCACAAUAUGGUGCAUACAUAAAUUGUGACUGAUAAAUGUAGAUUAAGAUAUAAUACUAAUUAGAUAACACACGUAGGAUUAUAAAGUUGAUUAGGUAAUCAAAUCUUAUUGCAAAUUUGAAUAAUAUAUAGAUAUGUCACACGUAA